AUGGAUGUACUACCCACCGACGUUUCUUCAUUUCGUAGCCCUCAGUACUGGAAUCAGUUUUAUUCCAACCCUAAAUUGGUGAAUUUCGAGUGGUACGGGGAUUUUAAGCGCAUUCUCUUCGCAUUUCAAAAGUGCCUGGAAGAACAGAAGGUGUUUGCGACUGAAACUGGCACUCUUGGAGGGGCUAAUGACCAUAAAAAUGCUUUAAUUGUCAACGUUGGCUGUGGAAACUCAAAUACAUCAAAUGUGCUGAUAGAUGAGGGAUACCAAGUUGUAUAUAAUUUGGAUUUUUCAGAGCAGGUCCUCCAGGAUAUGCGCAAAACAUGCAAAGGAAAUACUCACAUGAUAAAGGUUGACGUUUCGAGUAGCGAAUACGCAGAAUUCGGACGAAUGAUUAAUGACAAACACAAGGGACAACGGAAAAUUAUAAUAGACAAGGCAUUUUUAGACGCAUUUAUUUCAAUUGGGGAGGGAGAAGGUGAGGAAACAAUUAAACAGCGCGCCAAGAGUUACAUUGAAAAUACACUAGAAAUGAUGAGCUUUGGCGACGUCUUUGUGAUAAUUUCUCUGGCUCAAGAUUAUGUCGUCAAGGAAAUUAUUCGCAAUGUUUUAUUCAAGGAUGUUUUUGUUGACAUUUACCCACUGGACCUUGAUGAUGGAAAGAAAGAUAAUAGGAUAAAAAAGUCUCGGGCGAAAGCAGCUCAUUUGAUGCAGUUUUUAUUUGCAAUUUACAAGGUAGACAAGUCUAAACAUAUUAAUCGCAAGCAGUGUAAAAUGGGUUCCAUUGGAACGUUUGGUGUAGAAUACUUUGAAGUUGGACAAAUAGCAAAGAUGAUCAAGAGAACAAGAACAACAUUUUACUUGGGCCCAACUAUUAGAGACUACACUCCUGGACGUCGCCUAACGUUUGACAUUUACCCAAAGGACAAGGAUUCAUCAUGCUUUACGGCAGCAGUUUAUGAUGUGGUUGAUGUUGCAGAUGUUAAACUUUCUACAUGUGCCAUAAUAGUACCAACUGGACAAGAACAACUGUGGAUGUUCUCAACUACAGAGGGGAAUGAAGAACUGGCUAAAAACGCAAAAUCAAAGAGGAUAAUCAUCGUAUGGCUAAAGUAUGACACAUUAGACAUUGCUGGAGGAGAACAUAUUGAAAACCCUCUGGAAUCGCCCCAAACUGAGGCGAUGAAUUAUAUCCAAAACAACCUCGGCGAGGUCCUAAACAAGUUAUCCCUAGAGAGUUCAGGUGGAGUUACUAUUAUGAAGAUUGGUGAAACAUCAGCUGUGAAGAGUUGGAAGUGUGUAGUACCCUCUAAAUAUGCUGGAAAUAUAAUUGUUCGUGACAUAUUUGACGACUCUAUGCAAGAUUGCUACAAGAGGCAAAUGAUAUUUUCAUCAAGUCCUCAGGUUAUCCAAUCUGAAGUCAUGUAUAGAGAGGAAUCUGGUGUUGAAAAGUUUUUAUUCAAUUACCCAUCAAAUGAAUAUCACGUUGCGGUAGCUCUUUCCAUGGCCUUUUUACCAUCACAAUCCGGUUCAGUUGCCAUUCUAGGGUCUGGAACUGGAGUGUUAACGAGUAUACUUUUGUUAUUUUUAAAUAAUCGCAUGCAUUUGGUUGAGUUGGAUGAUGCAGUCAUCAACAUUGGACGUGAAUACUUUGGACUAGACGUUUCAAGCACGAUUUAUAUUAAACAAUUUUCCAGCGAUACAACUUUUGCACAUGAACAAAUUUUGCACAUACACGGAGAUGCCCUAGGGUACUUGGAAAGGUGUGGCGAUUGCGAUGCUAUCAUCUUGGACAUUAACAAUGGUGAUGAAGGCGUUGAAGAUGUUAAUGAUGACGCUCUAGUGGGUAAAAUUGGCGAAACCGAGACUACUCCACAGGGUAAACCAUUAACGCAGGGAACAAGAGACGUAUUUUUGGAAAAGGGGAUUCUAAUGUCUCCAAAUCCGAGAUUUUUGGAGAAGGACGCACUGGACAAUGUGGAUCGGAUUUUGAGCAGCAGCAAUGGACUGUUCAUUGUAAAUCUUCUCACUCGCUCAAACACUGCAAAGAAGCGCGUUUUGGAAAUGUUGGAUGAGAGAUUCAAGUGGAUUGCGGUUAUAAAGACGCCGAAUGACCUCAAUGAUGUAUUGGUUUGCUCAAACUCGUCGGUUCCGUCGGCGCAAGAGAUGUAUAUUAGACACGCUCAUGUUUUAAAGGACGAUUAUUCUCUAAUUUCGGACUUUGGCACUUGGACCAAUGGAUUUUCAAUUUUAAAGAGCGAUGGACAAGGCAUGGUCCUUGCGGACGUAGAAGAUUUUGGUAAAGUAUGA